GCUGCGCGUGCGCGCGCCCAGGGGGCGGCGCGAGGUCAGGGCCGGGGGAUGUUACUGCGGCUGGUGGGGGCGGCGGGCAGUCGAGCCCUGGCCUGGCCUUUCUCCAAGCUGUGGCGAUGUGGCGGAUGCGCAGGGAGCGGCGGGACGGUCUGGAGCAGCGUGAGGGCCUGUGGCAUUGCUCUGCAGGGUCAUCUGGGGAGAUGCUCGCAGCAGCUGGCUCUGCAGGGAAAACUGACUUCAUUUUCCCCGAGGCUGUAUUCAAAACCUCCCAGAGGGUUUGAGAAGUUUUUUAAGAAUAAGAAGAACAGAAAAAGUGCAAGCCCAGGAAAUUCAGUACCUCCAAAAAAAGAACCAAAAAAUGCUGGCCCUGGAGGAGAUGGAGGCAACAGAGGAGGGAAAGGAGAUGAUUUUCCCUGGUGGAAACGGAUGCAAAAGGGAGAAUUUCCUUGGGACGACAAGGACUUCCGGAGCCUGGCUGUUUUGGGGGCUGGUGUGGCUGCGGGAUUUUUAUAUUUUUAUUUCCGAGAUCCCGGAAAAGAGAUCACCUGGAAACACUUCGUGCAGUAUUACCUGGCCAGAGGUCUGGUGGACCGGCUAGAGGUUGUGAACAAGCAGUUUGUGCGUGUUAUUCCUGUUCCUGGGACGACAUCUGAGAGGUUCGUGUGGUUUAACAUUGGCAGUGUUGACACCUUUGAACGGAACCUCGAGUCUGCUCAGUGGGAGCUGGGCAUUGAGCCCACCAACCAGGCUGCGGUGGUCUACACUACUGAGAGUGAUGGCUCUUUUCUUAGAAGUCUUGUGCCCACUCUGGUCCUGGUUAGCAUCCUCCUAUAUGCUAUGAGGAGGGGUCCAAUGGGGACUGGUCGCGGUGGGCGAGGAGGAGGCCUCUUCAGUGUUGGUGAGACAACAGCCAAGAUCUUAAAGAACAACAUCGAUGUGCGGUUUGCAGAUGUGGCUGGCUGUGAAGAAGCCAAACUGGAAAUUAUGGAGUUUGUGAAUUUCCUGAAGAACCCAAAGCAAUAUCAGGACUUAGGAGCCAAAAUUCCAAAGGGAGCGAUGCUCACUGGUCCACCUGGUACUGGCAAAACACUUCUUGCAAAAGCAACUGCUGGGGAGGCCAACGUGCCCUUCAUCACCGUGAAUGGGUCGGAAUUCCUGGAAAUGUUUGUUGGUGUUGGGCCAGCACGGGUCCGUGACAUGUUUGCAAUGGCCCGAAAACACGCUCCUUGUAUUUUAUUCAUUGAUGAGAUUGAUGCAAUUGGCAGAAAGCGAGGCCGUGGCCACCUGGGAGGCCAGAGUGAGCAGGAAAACACUUUAAACCAGAUGCUUGUGGAGAUGGACGGGUUCAACUCUUCCACUAAUGUGGUAGUGUUAGCCGGCACCAAUCGCCCUGAUAUCCUUGACCCAGCCCUGACACGGCCUGGCCGGUUUGACCGUCAGAUCUACAUCGGUCCCCCUGAUAUCAAAGGCAGGUCCUCUAUUUUCAAGGUCCACUUGCGUCCACUCAAGCUGGACGGAAGCCUCAGCAAGGACGCUCUUUCGAGGAAGCUGGCAGCUCUUACUCCAGGCUUCACUGGUGCUGAUAUUUCCAAUGUUUGCAAUGAAGCAGCACUGAUUGCUGCCCGCCACCUCAGCCCUUCUGUCCAGGAGCGGCACUUUGAGCAAGCCAUCGAGAGGGUCAUUGGAGGCCUUGAGAAGAAGACCCAGGUCCUACAACCCAGUGAAAAGACAACUGUAGCCUACCACGAGGCUGGGCAUGCAGUGGUGGGCUGGUUCUUGGAGCAUGCAGACCCUCUGCUGAAGGUGUCCAUCAUACCUCGAGGCAAGGGGCUUGGCUACGCCCAGUACCUUCCCCGCGAGCAGUUCCUCUACACACGAGAGCAGCUCUUCGACCGCAUGUGUAUGAUGCUGGGGGGUAGGGUAGCUGAGCAGCUGUUCUUUGGUCAGAUCACCACCGGAGCUCAGGACGACCUGAGGAAGGUCACCCAGAGUGCCUAUGCCCAGAUUGUGCAGUUUGGGAUGAGUGAGAAGCUGGGCCAGGUGUCCUUUGACUUCCCCAGACAAGGCGAAACCAUGGUGGAGAAGCCAUACAGUGAGGCUACUGCCCAGCUCAUUGAUGAAGAGGUCCGGUGCCUCGUCAGGUCUGCCUAUAAUCGGACCCUGGAGCUGCUCACACAGUGCCGGGAGCAGGUGGAGAAGGUUGGCAGGCGUCUCCUGGAGAAAGAAGUGCUGGAGAAAGCCGACAUGAUAGAGCUCUUGGGCCCUCGGCCCUUUGCAGAGAAGUCCACCUAUGAGGAAUUUGUAGAGGGCACCGGCAGCCUAGAGGAGGACACAUCCCUUCCUGAGGGGCUGAAAGACUGGAAUAAGGGGCGGGAGGAAGGAGGCACUGAGCGGGGCUUGCAGGAGAGCCCUGUGUAGCCUGUGGCCACCGGGGCGGCUUAUGACCACUGCUGACUGGGAGCUGCUCAGCCAUCGCAGAGCAGCUGUCAGAGUAACUGAAAGACUAAUUAAAACAGGUGACAACUUCGAACACACGUCUCAGAUAAGACCAUGCAAAAUUCACAGAAAAGCUGCUAGACUCCAGCAUCCAGCCAAGGAGAUAGCUGAGGGAACAAAGGUGUGGCCUGCGACCAUAGGCCCUGGACCUAAGGCUGGCCGGUUCUCCAGGUUCUGUGAAGCCUGAGUGAUGUCUUUUUGGAGGGAUUCCAGGUGUGGGGCUGUGAGGAGCUACAUUGUGUUUGAUUAAGUUUCCAAGUGAGCCUCUUACAGCUGCUUCUGAGGUAACCUGCUCAAGGGCUGAGCCCUGACUCAGCACAGAUAAAGGUUGGUGAAGAAGUAAAGAAAACAUAAGACAGUUAAGGAAGGAAGGCGAGCCGGGCAGUUGUGGAUUAAAGGCAGAGCAUGCCUUUAAUCCCAGCACUCGGGAGGCAGAGGCAGGCUUGAUUCCUGAGUUCGAGGCCAGCCUGGUUUACAGAGUGAGUUCAGGGCAGCCAGGGCUACACAGAGAAACCCUGUCUUGAAAAACCAAAAAAACAAACAAAAAACAAAAAAAAUAAAAAUAAAAAGGAAGGAAGCUGCUCAGCCCUUAGGAAGGAAAGCCAGCGCACCAGUAGAUGUGCAGUGGAGGACAGGGACCGUGGCCACCCCACCUGUGGCAGCGUCAGAAAUUCUGUUUCGUCAGUCAGACCUGGCUUCUAGCCUUUGGGUUUCUCUGCCUCACUGAUGGGAGUGUCAGAUUUAAUUCCGUCUCACAGCAGUCCUUCCUUUCUCCAGCAUCCAUGCCCCCCCCCCUUUUGAACCACAGAGGGUGGUUUAGGUUGAGCCCUCUGGCUCUGGUGCAUGGGGAGGGCUUUGGAACGCCAAGCCUCCGUGGGCUGCAAGAGGCCUCUCUUUCCUGUUAAUCUGGGCUGUGUCGAGGCCUGCUCUGUGAGAGCCGAGUGCUUGGAGUGGAGCUUUGGGUUCCCUGGAUGUUGUUGUGGACUUGCUCCAGGUUUCGGGGGGACACAGAUCUCAGGGCUGCACCAUCCGCUGCAAUAGCCUGCGUUGGGGCUGCUCGUGGCCCUGGGGAGGAAUCUACUUGCUCCCUUGACUCUGUAAAAGUGUGUGUGUGUGUGCAUGUGAUAGUGUGUCUUCCUCAACUGCUUUCUAUCUCUACUGUUUUCCACUUACAUCUGCACACGCACGCACCACGGUGCACAUGCGCAGGGCACAGGACAACCUCUGGAGUCGGGGCUCUCCUCUGUGUGGGUUCCAGAGAUCAUCAGGCUUGGCAGAGGCGCCUCUACCCACUGAGCCAUCUCGCCACCCAGUCUACCUUGCUUUUUAGAUGGAGUCUCGUAUUGAGUCUGGCUGUGUUUGCAGGUCAGCAAGCCCCAGGGAUCCUCCCGUCUCUGCCUGCCCAGUGCUGGGAUUGCAGGCUCACCUUUAUCCUGGCCGUUCCGUGAACGAUGCAGGGCUGUAGUGGAUGUUCAUGCUUGUGCACAGGCACGCUACCGACCCUCCUGCCUUUCAGCUGAUGCCAUAGCUUCCCGGGUGCCUGGCCAGGAUGGUGGAGGCCUGUCCUUCUCUUUGGGGCCCGGCUAAGGGCCAGAUUGGGUGGACUGGGUGUAUUAGCUGGAUGUAAAGACUAUACUGGGUGUGCAUGGUAUCGCACAUUCUCUAAACUGUCACGCUCGCCUCAGAGAUGUCAUCAGGAGACAGAUACUUUCAAUUUUCACUGUUUGUAAAGUGUACAUUAUUGAAUUUUAAAAAAAUUAUUUCUAAUUGUA